UUUACUGUUUGGCAAAUGAAAAUCGGAAAAAGGAAAUGCGCAGUUUGCGAGACUCGAACGGAAAACUGUUUGCCACGGUGUGCAGUACACGGAUCAUCGACCCAUUCGUUUCGUGUGUAACCACCGGAAUCCUUAGAAGCCGGUGAAACACGACGAUGAAAGGCUUGUGGGUGCUGGCAGCUAUUUCCCUGUACUGCGUUGGAGGGGCAGAAAGUACAGGGUCAGCCAGAGGAUGCCAGGCCCAGCCCAACUGCAAAGAGUGCCUGAAGGUCCCAGGCUGUGCCUGGUGCUGGCAGCAGGACUUCCUGAAGGCUGGGGAGCCAAACGAGCGGAGGUGCGACACAGCCGAGGCUCUCAAGGAAAGGAAUUGUGAGAAGGGGUACGUGGUCAACCCACUGUCCCGCGUAGAAGUGCUGAAGAACAUCGACCUGCGGAGUGACUCUGAGAACGUGGUGCAGCUGCAGCCCCAGAGCCUCCACCUCAAGAUCCGUGUCGGAGUCCCAGAGACCUUUGAGGUGUGGUUCAAGAGGGCGGAAGGAUACCCCAUUGACCUGUACUACCUGAUGGACCUGUCCUUCUCCAUGAAGGAUGACCUGGAAAAGAUCAAGAACCUGGGUGAAGAGAUCCUCAAAGCCUUGAAGAUGGUCACACAGAAAGUCAGGAUUGGCUUUGGCUCCUUCGUGGACAAGGUAGCCUUGCCUUACGUCAGCCAGGUGAAGCGCAAGCUGGCCAACCCCUGCCCCAGCCGCAUGGACAGCUGCCAGCCAGCCUUCAGCUUCCACAACGUGCUGCGGCUCACCGACGACGUGGCGGACUUCACCACCCGGGUCAGCAUGCAGAGGAUCUCGGGCAACCUGGACUCUCCCGAGGCUGGCUUUGAUGCCAUGGUGCAAGCGGCAGUCUGCCAGGAGGCUAUCGGCUGGAACAACGUCACCCGCAUCCUGGUCUACACCUCCGAUGACACCUUCCACAUGGCAGGCGAUGGCAGGCUGGCUGGCAUCUACCAGCCCAACGAUGGAAAAUGCCACCUCAACGCAGAUGGGUACUAUGACAAAGCCACUGAAUAUGACUACCCCUCGGUUGGCCGUCUGUCCAGGGCCCUCGCGGCCAACAACAUCCAGCUGAUCUUUGCUGUCACAGAUAAGAGUGUCCCCAGCUAUCAGGCUCUGAGCAAACUCAUCCCCAGGUCAGUGGUGGGAGUGCUGGAGGCUGACUCCAGUAAUGUGGUCCAGCUCAUCUCUGAGGCCUACGGGAACCUGUCAUCCACCAUCUUACUGGAGCACUUAAGUGCCCCUGAAGGACUGAACAUUUCCUACACGUCCAAAUGCAGCAAUGGCGUCCACACGCCGUGGCUGAGGAACGGCGAGUGCAGCAACGUCAAGAUCAACGAGCAGGUGAAUUUCACCGUGAAGGUGACCGCCACCUCCUGCCUGCCUGGGGUAGAAACAUUUGUCAUCAAACCGCAGGGUAUUGGUGAGGCGCUGAAGGUCACCGUGGAAACGCUGUGUGAUUGUAACUGCGGGGAACCAGAAGAACACUCUCCCCACUGUAAUGGCAACGGCACACUCAGCUGUGGAAUUUGCAGCUGUGACGAGGGGCGCCUGGGCCAGCGGUGCAAAUGUGAGAAGCACGGGGACAAGGACAGCGUGGCGGCCAUGGAAGCCCAGUGCCGGCAGACUAACGAGUCCCAGCUGUGCAGCGGGCAGGGGUCCUGCGAGUGCGGCGCCUGCGAGUGCCGCCCACGCCACCGGGGGCAGUACUGCGAGUGCGACGAUGGCGGCUGCCCCCGCCACAACAACCAGCUGUGCGGAGGCCAUGGUGACUGUAACUGCAGCGUGUGCGACUGUCACGCUAACUACAUCGGCGCCGACUGCGGGUGCUCAGUACUCAAGGAUAAGUGCAUGGGGAGAGACGGCAAGGAGUGCAGUCGGCAUGGCCGGUGUGUGUGCAAUCAGUGCGUGUGCUACCAGGGCUUCUUCCAGGAUGACUGCUCCGAGCUCAGGGCACCGUGCAAAACCUUCCUGGAAUGUGCUCUGUGCAGUUUGUCAAGUGAGAAGCCCCAAGGUGAGCAAAACUGCAGCCGUCACUGUGGCUCUGUGAAGCCUCAGAGAGCAGACCAGAACCAGAACUGGGACUUCCCCUGUCAGCAUACCAAGGUGCGCUUCAGAGUGGAUCCAGAGACGGAGGACGGAAGUAUCCGCGUCAUCUAUACCGACCCCCCAGAGCCCAUCGACAUGACAAUGGUGGCCGUCGGCAGCUCAAUUUCAGGGAUCAUCUUGAUCGGGCUGGCCAUCAUCAUCAUCUACCGGCUGCUUCUGGAGGUGUACUAUCGCAGGGAGUACCACAACUUCAUAAACGAACAGAAGAAAUCUCGGUGGAACGUGGACCCCAACCCGCUGUUCCAGGAAGCCACAACCACAGUCUUUAACCCCAUGCACAUUACAGACUGAUGCCUGCUCUUUACCUUCAUGCACAUUAACCCUUUAACUGACUUCUCAACCAUGCGGUAGAGCUGACUUUGACAGUGAAAAACCCUAUGAAAAAAAAAAAAAAUCUGCCCAGCAUCCUGAUUGGUAUGGGGCCCCAACCCCCCUUAAUCAAUUUGCAUAAAGAGUAUCUUUUUUCAACACAACUAUGUGGAGCAGCAGUUCCUGCACUUUCCACACUCUGACAAUGGAGGCAGCACCACAAAUCACUCCCCAAAGAUUAGGGCAUAAAGCAGGAAUUUGGCAGGUAAGGGAUAAACCAUGAUGUUUUUCAGAUAGAAGAGACCUUAAAGAAUAGGAAUAUGAUAUUAAAUAUCAAAAAUGUUAAAAUCCAUUUUGCCAGAAUUUUACAAAAACAUGCUCAACCGUGCGGUUUAUGUCAGUAAAGGGUAGAAAUGAUCAUGAGGCAGGGCAGAUGUUAGCAUAGUAGUUAGUGUGGUAGGAAGAUGUUUGAGUGGAAAAAGUAAACAAAUACAGUUAUAUUAUAUUACUAAAAAACAAUAUUAUCGUAUUAUUAUAUAUUGCCUGGCCAAAAAAAAAAGUCGCAGUUUGGAUUUUUUUGGACAGUGCCCACUGUACAAGCCUCUGGAGAAAGUGUUAUGAUCUGGGGUUGCUUCAGUUUGUCAGGUCUAGGCUCAGCAACAUUAUGCGGCAAUAAAAUUAAGUCAGCUGAGUACCUGAAUGUACUGAAUGACCAGGUUAUCCCAUCAAUGGGUUAUUUCUUCCCUGACGGCACGGGCAUGUUCCAGGACGACAAUGCCAAGAUUCAUCGGGCUCAAAUUGUGAAAGAGUUGUUCUGGGAGCAUGAGGAAUCAUUUUCACACAUGAAUUGGCCACCAUAGAGUCCUGACCUUAACCCCAUUGAAAAUCUUUGAGAUGUGCGGGAGAAGACUUUAUGGAGUGGUUCGACUGUCCCAUUGUCAAUACAAGGUAAUGCAAUUCUGGACGGAAAUAAAUGUUGUGGCAUUUCGAAGGUUGUCGAAACAAUGCCAUGACGAAUGUGCACAAGUUUAAAGUUUUUUAAGUUUUGUUCAUGAGUUUAUACUUAAAAUAAAAUGACGAUGUAUGAAACGGUGCCUGAUUAUAAAGCAGAAAUGCCACACAAUGGAGUAUCUAUACAUGUAUAUAGAUGUUUGUUCCAAAACGUAGUUAAUGAUAUGUUCGAUAUGAAAUAUGUAAUCAAAAUGAAAUCAAUGAUACCUGGAAUGAAUGUUUUUUUACAUACAUAUUUAAACUGUUUUGUUCAUAGAAACAAAAUAGUUUAAACUUAUAAAAUGACAAUUAGUGUCUGAUUUUAAAGCAGAAAUGCCAUAUGAUCCAGUAUAUGUCAAUAUAUACAUAUUUGUGGACCUAGCCAUUGUAAUUGAUGGGACAUUUACAGGCCAAAAACAUGUUGAUGGAGUGUAAAAAAAGCAAUGAACUGUUUUAAGGUUUUAAAGAGAGAUUAAAAUGAUUGUGUUUCAGGAAAAAUGUUCAGAAAUAUAGCAAUUUGUGAAUAGCAUCUUUUACCAUAAACUGGCAUCUCAACUGUACGGUAGAGGUCUAUAAUUUCUAAAAAAAAGGGGUCAAGUUAUGAAACAAACUGUUAGACAUUGUUAUUUGGUGCUCUGGCACCUAUUUCAAUGAGUGACAGAUAAAGGGUUAAAGACUGAGGUGUCAGAGGCCUGUUCUUUAAAAACAACCGUGGUGGUGGAUGCAAGGUGGACGGUUAUCUGCGUUUCCCAUUUUCGGCCACCAGAUGACAGCACUUCAGUUUUUAAUUCUGUCCUUUUACCCCGUUUAAUUGUAUUAUUGUUUUCAAUUAUUCUAUUGUUUUUGGGUUGGCUCGUUUUCCCUUCCCUCUCUGUGGCCUGAUUGUUCAUUGUGCCCUCCUGUGUCUCGUCAGUGUCGUGUCUAUUUAAGUUCCCUUCUUCCAUGACUCAAGUGCUGGGUCCUUUUUGUGUGCGUUUUGGAUUGUUUGCGCGGUUUGCGCGGCUUUGUUUCUGUUGUUUUUGUAUGUAUUAAAAGUAACAUCCUCGGUUUUGUGCUUACCCUUUGGAUUUUGAGUGUUUUUUUGACUCUGCAUUUGGGUCCAUUCCCUCACCCACCCUGACACUAGGUUCUGUUUGUUCAUCAGUGACAAUAUAAAUGCUCAUGCAAAUAUUUCAUAUGGAUUGACUUCAGUCUGAAAAUCACUGCAGGAGCAGUGAUUUCUUUGUAAUUUGCUUUUUCAUGAAAAUUUGGCCUCUUGUAGUUCUUUAAAAAAUUCUGAACAAUGUUUAUAAUGCAGAAAGACUCUGUUUCCCUGGAUUUCUAGUUCUGUGUGAUCACAUUUUCAUGGCAAUUUAUUAUUUCCAUUAUUACGGUAAAUAGCCAUUCAGAUUUGAAAACUUCCCUUUUUCGUAAACAGUGUUUUAAACUUUUCCAUCAUUCUGCGAGGAAUAAAAAUAUGAAAUUGGACCAUUAAAUUUAUAUAUUAAAGUGCUAGAUUUAUUUUUUACGUUUUUCAUAUUAUGAACCAUUUUGCUAAUGACAGAUUAAAUGUUUUUAUGAAUUGUU